GGAACGGAAUCGUGGCUGCGUUAGCAUCCAUAGCUAGCGGACUGGUUUGGUUGGUAGGCACGGUGUGGAGGAAGGCGCCCCGAGCACUGUAAGGCACACAGAUAUCGGCGACUUCAGAUAUCCCCAGCUAAUCCCUGAGCUAGCCAUUAUCCCCCAUGCGGUCCAAGGAAGGAAGAUAACGAUAACAGCCCUUCACUGCCACCUCAAUUAGCCACCGUCAAAGACUGAUAUAUAUAUAGGGGCAACUGCGUUUCGCGUGAGGAGCCUUCCUUUCGGGGAGAAUCAGUUUUCUGCUGAACACUUGAGGACCACAGCCGUAAUCUCGACCAACGUUACAUCCAACAAUGAGGCUGCCGAGUAACAGACACUGUGCGAUGGAAGUAGACGGAAAGAUGGACCAAGCUCCUCCGUUCAGGAACCCUUUUGUGCACGUCUUGAAAUUCACCCCAAUGGAAAAGGCGAAGAUUGCAUUAAUGACAGUCACACUAUUCCCCAUCCGCCUACUGACAGCAGCAUUCAUGAUGUUGCUGGCUUGGCCUUUUGCCUUCCUUGCCUCAGUAGGGCGCUCUGAAACCACAGUCGAACCCCAGUGCCUCUGGAGAAGACUGGUGGACAUAAUUCUGAAAGUCCUCAUGCGGGUCAUGUGGUUUGCGGGAGGUUUCCAUUGGAUGACUGUGAAAGGGCAAAGGGCGCUGCCUACAGAAGCACCCAUCCUCACCCUGGCACCCCACUCGUCUUACUUUGACGCCAUCCCAGUCACAAUGACGAUGUCCUCAAUUGUCAUGAAGGCUGAGAGCAAGGAUAUACCUCUCUGGGGCACUCUGAUUAAGUACAUCAGGCCAGUGUUUGUAUCACGAUCAGACCAGAAUUCCAGAAAGAAGACGGUGGAGGAGAUCAAACGCAGAGCCCACUCUGGAGGGGAAUGGCCUCAGAUCAUGAUUUUUCCAGAAGGGACAUGCACCAAUAGAUCCUGCCUAAUCACCUUUAAGCCAGGGGCCUUUAUCCCAGCUGUGCCGGUGCAGCCUGUGGUGAUUCGUUACCCUAACAAACUGGACACCAUCACAUGGACGUGGCAAGGGCCCGGAGCAUUUGAAAUCCUGUGGCUGACCCUCUGCCAGUUACACAAUGAAUUUAUAAUAGAGUUCCUUCCUAUCUACACACCGUCAGAGGAGGAGAAAAAGAAUCCUGCUCUGUUUGCUAUCAAUGUGAGACGUAUCAUGGCUAAAGCCCUGGGGGUACCCAUCACAGACUAUUCAUUUGAAGACUGCCAGCUGGCCAUGGCAGAAGGCCAGUUGAGACUGCCAGUCGACACCUGUCUGCUGGAGUUCGCCAAGCUCGUCAGGAGACUGGGGCUGAAACCUUGCAACACUGAGAAGGUUUUGCAGGAGUAUGGCAACAGAGCCAGGAAGCUGGAGGGACAGAAACUGAGCUUGGAGGAAUUUGCUCACUUCCUCGAUGUACCAGUUUCAGAAAUGCUCCGAGACAUGUUUGCUCUUUUUGAUGAGCAUGAAGAUAACAGCAUGGACAUAAGAGAAUAUGUGAUAGCCUUAUCUGUUGUAUGCAGACCUGCCAAAACUCUGGAAACAAUGAAAUUGGCCUUCAAGAUGUUUGAAGCAGAGGAGGACGGUGCCAUCACAGAAAGGGAGUUGGCAGUUGUGUUGAGGACAGCGUUGGGACUGGCUCACCUCAACGUGUCAAAUCUGUUUACCGCCAUCGACGCCGCAGACACAGGGAAGGUCACGUUUGAAAAGUUCAGAAGCUUUGUUGAGCUGCACCCAGACUUUUCUGAGGAGUACCUACACACAGAGAACGCAGGUCUCCACAGUGGUUCCUGUCACGACCACCAAACGCAACAAAGCCUGUCUGCCCCGGACCUGCACGGCACUGCCACCAGCAAAACAGCGAACGGUAUCUGUCCCGACUUCAGCCCCAGCGAUCACGAUGGCACAAUAGACGGACUCGUCAAGAAACACAACUGAAAAGGUUUUAAAAUGUAGUGGGAGAAAACAAACACCUCUCCUGGUGAGAUGGUGUUGUGUGAGGGGCCGAGGGUUGUUAGUUACUUCUACGUAGCUUGUUUAUACAGUAAGGGACUACCCUUCAGUAACCACAAAAAUAAAGUUUACCGUACACUUUUUUUUAAUUAUUAGUAUUGUGCCCAUGAACUUUUUUUUUUUUUCAUACCAUGAAUCGUCAAAAUGCCAAACAACGGCUGUUUCAGAUACAAUGCUUGAAUAUGUGAAGGGCAAGCACUUAUUAGGAUUACUGGAGAAAAGUUUUAUUUUUUUAUUUUAUUUUUUCCCCCAUAUCCCCUCUAAUAUAAUACUGACUGCAUGUUUUUAACACAAGGGAAGUGAGACAUUAACACGCCCUGUACAGUGAGGUAAACUCCUUUUUAGUGAAAUUAGUGUUCAAGUCUCGUUUAUUUGUAACUUUUAUCCAUGUCCUCUCUUUAAUGGUUGCUGCCUUUUGAAUUGAAAGUGCAGAAGUGCAUGGGCUCAAGUUAUUUUGAGCAGUACUGAGAAUUUUUUUUAUGUAAAGAAGGAAGGCCUGAGGGUACCUGUGACAAUUGUUUGACUACCUGACGCUUCAAGUAGCCACAUUUGAGGUUAACUCUGGCCCCUGAAAGUUGAUGAUCAUGACUGCUAUGAGCUUCUUUUGUGUGUGUGUGUGUAUAUAUACACAAUGAUAUAUUUGAUUUUGCUCAGGGUUCAGUGACAAAAAUGAAAAUUUUAACUCGUAUGAUGUCAUCAUUUUUACGCUCAGUGGGUUGCGUGCAUGUAGACUCUCAGUACUCUUCUGUCCACUCCAUUCUUCAUUCACAUACACUUUGCAUUGUAUUAUUUUUAUUUUUUUUUAAUUGAAACGACAAAACGCGGACCAAAAAUCCAUUGAAUGAUUUAAUGUCACCUGUCAUGUUUGCACUGUGCUUUUGAGUCGGUGGUGUAACGGCUUUAAGGGAAUAAUUCACAGGAUGUGACCGCUGAAAGCACAUGCAGUUAGGUGGCUUUGUAGGGUAUUUUAAAGGCAAGGUCAUACUACGUCCCUUUCUGCAUUACACUGUUAAAACUUCUUAAUCAUUCCUACCCUUUCCGCAGCACAUUAUCCCUCAGCCUGCCUUGUAUAUAUACAAGGAUGUAGUCGGCCCCAUUAUCACCUGUGGAGUUAAGCUCUCCUAAUAAUUAUGAAGUUUUGAAACAAACAUAUUUACCACUGAAUGUGGUUUAAUUUUAAGCUGUGGCUGUAAAAUGUAUUUAUAAACACAUAUUUAAUAAGCCAAAGCUUUGAAUUUGAACUAAAAUGAAGGAAUAUUUAAGAUUAAAAAUCUCUAACAAGGUGGAUAAUGGAGGUGUUUAUUAGUCUAAAGUGGACUUAAAAUUAUAAUUUUUUACAAUUCUGUUCCUUUGAUAUUGGAAGGAAAGUUGAAUGUUAAACAAUUCCACUCAAUAUUUUGUUAUAUGCCCAAAUUAUUAUUAUUAUUUCAUCUCUGAUUUUAAGGAAAUAUCUAAAACUACAAUCUACUGACACUUUUUGAUUCAUCAGCUGUGUUAGUGCUGUGCAUUCCUGUUCACUCAAUUACACGAUUGCUACGUUUACAUGGACGGUAGUAUUCCACUAAUAAUCAGAAUAAAAAGGCCUCAAUUGGAACUGACUGACCAGAUCUAACCCUGUCGGAAGGAAUUGUUUACUGUAAUUGAGAGAGGUGCUUUAAACCGUUGAAUUAGAAACCCCUAACAAGCACCUAAUAACUCAGGAAGGAAUAAAUAUGUUUGCUCCAUGUGGGUGCAUGGUAAACCUGUUAAGAUGAGUUUCUGGAUGGGACAGAGACAUGGCAUUAGCAAAACAAGAUUUUUUUUUUUAUAUAUAAUAUUAGCUUGAAGGAAUAUUGCCCAUGUAAACGUAGCCUGUGAUGCUAGUUGCAAUCAUUUUCCGGCUUCUGAUUGGCUGUUCUUCCCUUCUUCCUCUUCACCUUCUUCCUCUCUCUGAACUCACAGUGCUUUACAUUUGUGUCAUUUUUAUACGAAAACUAAUUGUUAAAGGUAAUACCUCUCAUCAUCAGUUGAAAUGACGCAUUACAAUCUGUUUCUAGCUGGAUGACUCUUUGUUUACUUAUAUCACACAAGAUUUUUUUUUAUUAUUAUUAUUUUUAACUGUAAAUUCGUCACGUUCCCACCUCAGUCAUGACCAUGCAUACUGUACAUGUAUCCCCAUUAUGGCUUUCAGUGAAGCAAUAUUUCACAUCUCUUGAGCCUUCUCAAUAUAUAUAUGCUUUUGAAGAGUUCUGAUAUGUAUUUUGAAUAUUCCAAAUGCAGGACAUUUUGUGAAUUUUUGAUAUACGUAUAUGAAUUAUUUUUUAUUUUCACUGCCAUGACAAAGAUCUGUGAUCUUCUCUCUUCUGCAGAUUGUAUUGAAAAAAUGAGCCACAUGUUUUAUUUCUUUUCUUUUUUUUUUCCUUUUGUAUACUACUGCAGUUGUUUUGUGCUGUAUUCCUCCUACACAGUGUAAAGUUUUAUUGUUAUAUAAUUACUAUUAUCGCUGAGUUGACUGCUUAGAAACAAAAUGCAGAUUUCAUAUGGAAACCGAUAGCCUUGAAUCUAUAGAAUUUUUAUGCUAAAGAGAAUGUAUAGACAAUCUUGUCACAAUCAGAAGCUACUCAAAGCGCUGAUCUCCAGUGGACAUUUUCCUAAGAAAUCAUGGUUUUUCAGAUGAUGUACUUUUUUUUUUUCUUCUUUUGUAGGUGUGCAGGUUGAACUAAGCAAAGCGCGAGUGCGUAAGCGUGUUAGGCCUUGAGGUGAGGCGACACCACAUGACGGGCCGUGUCACACAAACACUCCAGACUGCACACACGUACAAACACAGUCUCCUUACUACUUUGUCCUUUUGAAAUUGUAUGUAUUUGUGCUUGCACUUUAGAUUGUUUUCUUUAUUUUUAAAAUUUCUAAAGAAAUUUCACAAUGCUCCAAAGCAUGUUAAAGGUUGUAGGGUUACAGUGUUUUAGCCAUAUUUUUGUUAAUAUUAAUAGUUUUGCAUUCACAAGUUUGAAGAUGUCAAAAAUGUCCCUCGCCCUAGGAUUUGUUUUUAAUUUGUUUUAACAUCUAAAACUCUUUAGGCCAACCUUUCUGCUUUGUCUCAGGACUGUGGAAAUUUUGUAGCUUGGAAAUGAGUUUAUAAACUUAGAGGACUUGACAUUAACAUGAAGGUUUGAAUGACUCGUUUGCACCGUGAAAUGGAUAAGUGUUACAUGUACUCCUAAGUGAUGUGAUUUUACAACACGUGGUUAACUAUACAAUUCACUAUGUAUGUACGUGUGAGGGAAACCAUACUAUUUUUGUACAUAGACGGGAAGUCCCAUUGUGAAUUACAACUGAAUCUGAAAAUCUAGCAUAUUGAGCCACAGUAAACUACCCACAGCAUUUAAUUUUAAACAGAAAAUUCCUUUGGAAAGUCUAACAGUUGAUAAUGUUUUUCAUCAGCAAGUCAAAUACGUACUGUUUUUAUGUAUUCAGUAUUUCCAUUCAGAGCUAGUCCGCAUUGGGGCUGUAUGAAAAUACCAGGUUUAUGUCUUUUCACACUUGUUUCACUUACCUUGAUUUCAAAUACCUCAGUAGAGAGGGGAAUCUUGUAGUUCUGAUUUUUUUUUUUGUUUUUUUUGUUUUUUUUGUACUUGACAUCAAUCUGGGAAAAUGUAAACUUGCAAGAGAAACUUGUAUUUAUGCUAUUGCUGCCUGCUUACAACAGUGUGUCCAGCUGCAAGCCUAAGACGAAAGACUUGUGUACUCGUACAGAGUGAUAGUCUUUCUGAUGGCUUCGUGUACGUGGACAGAGAAAUUGUACUGUUGUAUUUUUUUGUUUUUGUUUUUCUGUAGCUUUACUUCCUGUCUUUUUCUAUACUCCAACAGGUUUUAUUUUAUUAAUGCAUUUGGAUGAUGAAGAGUCAUUACUGCAAGGUAUUUUGAAUUUGUUCAGGACUGCUAUGAUAUAACUUGUUAAUGUGACUCUUGGAUGGAAUUAAAGAAGAAAUAUUAACACACAA